AUGCUGCAAAUAGUCAAAUAUCGUCUUCUAUAUUUUAUUGUUUCUAUUUCUUUUUUUUUUUUAAUUUUCAGUUUCGUUCAACGCGUCGAAGAAAUUUUCACUUACGGAAUUUUCUUCCAAAUGAUUUCCGGUGUGAUUAUCUUGUGCAUGACGGGCAUUCAAUUUCUUAUUGUUAGCAAAAAACUUUAUUUUUGUACAGAUAAAGAGACAAGUUUGCGAUUUUUCUUGAUGACAUUUUACUUUAUAACGAUGGUUUUCCAAAUCGCAAUUUACGAAUGGUUCGGUCAAAUCAUUUUGGAGAAAAGUUCCGAUUUGGUGCAAUGUUGUUACAUGUCGAAUUGGACCGAUUUUAACACUAAAAAUAAAAAGAUGCUUUUUAUUAUAAUGGAAAGAGCGAAGAGGCCGAUUAUUUUAACAGCUGGUUAUUUUGUUACUCUUUCGUUAGCCACGUUUAUGUCUAUUUUAAGGAGUGCUUAUUCGUAUUUCGCAGUUCUUCGACAGAUGUAUCAAAAACAAUAAAAUCCCACGUU